AUGGAGAAAAUGAUGAAGCAUCAAGAGCUAGCCAAUAAGAAUCAUGAAGCCUCACUGAGAAACCUGGAAAGACAAAUUGGCCAAUUGUCCAAACAGCCAGAAAGACCAGCCAACACUUUCCCAAGUGAUACCAUUCCAAAUCUCAAAGAAGAAUGCAAAGCAAUUCAACUCAGGAGUGAAAGAACAUUGGAGGAUGACAAGGUUGGAAGUAAGAAAGAAGUGGCAAUUGAAGAGAAUGACCAGGAAGAGCUCAAGGGGAAGGAUGAAGAGCCACAAGCUUCAAAGAAGGGAAAGCAAGUCAUGGAGGAGCACUCCCAAGAACAGAAGAAGGAGGUGAAAGCUUACACUCCUCCUUUGCCAAACCCUCAAAGAUUGCAAAGGGAGCUCAAGGACCAACAAUUUUCCAAGUUCUUGGAAGUUUUUAAGAAGCUGGAAAUCAACUUACCACUUGCUGAAGCUCUAGAGCAAAUGCCAUUGUAUGCUAAGUUCCUCAAGGAACUCAUCAAUAAAAAGAGAAGCUGGAAUGAAAAGGAGACUGUGAUCUUGACCCAAGAAUGCAGUGUAGUGAUUCAAAAAGGUUCAAGUAUAAAUCUGAUGCCUCUAUCUAUGAUGAGAAGGUUGUCCAUAGAAGAAGUAAAGCCUAUACGGAUGUCCUUGCAACUUGCUGAUAGAUCAAUGGUAAUCCCCAAUGGAGUGGUUGAAAAUCUCCUAGUCAAGGUGGGUAAGUUCAUAUUUCCCGCAGAUUUUGUGAUCCUGGAUCUAGAUGAAGAAGGAGGCGAUUCUAUCAUAUUAGGAAGGCCUUUCCAAGCCACAGCAAGGGCCAUCAUUGACGUAGAAAAAGGGGAAUUGAUCUUGAGAGCACAUGAUGUGCAGAUAACUCUAAAUGUCUUUAAGGAGGUGUAG